AUUUUCUGUUUAUUUGCACAUUCAUAGUUAUCACUUGUCAUAAAUUUAAUGUUGUUUUAUUUUUAUUACAAAAAAAUAAAAGUUACAAGCAUUUUUGAACUCAGUGUUUCUAUGAUUGUGAUGGUGUUAAUAUGCAUAUAAGGAUAUUUCCAUACUAUUGUUAUCCUUAUAAGAGUAUUCACUCAGUAGUUACCAAUUUACUCUGUGUUUGGUACAUGUCUUUUGAACUGCGCAGGAUCUAACAAUUGUCAUGAUUUUUUUUUUUUGUAUACUCCAGGUAUCCUUUUAGCCAUAAAAUUACAGUAAACAAAACAAAAAAGUUCAUCACAUCCUAAAUUGCAGCACACAACACGGAAUUCUCUUUAACCAAAAAAAUUCUUAUUCAAUGGAAUUUUAAGUUUAAUUUAAAAAAUGUUAUCUGCUCUAAAUGCAGUACGACGUAAAUUUAGAUUUCAUUACAAAAGAUUGAUUUUAGUUCCGCUUUUGUUUGUUACAAUCUUAGUUGUUGCUUCGUAUGUUGAUUUAGAAAUUUGUUAUAGACUUCUUUGGCAUGGCGGCCUCAAUAAAAUGUGCACUAAAUUUCGAAAUAAGGACUAUAGCGGAAGUUUGUGCGAUGAAUUGUGUACGGUGGGGAACUUCAAUAACUUUCGAUGUCCUCCAAAUGAUAUAAAAACAACUGUGUUCAUAGCUGUUAAAAAUGUAGAUGUGUAUGCUAUCAAGUUGGCAAAAAAUAUUCCAAACGAUUUAAGUUGGAAGGACUCAAAGGGCGUUCACAAAUAUCCUCAUAUCGAUGUUUUUCAACGAAUGGUUAGAAUGCACAUCACAUUGUCGUACAAUGUUUCACUGGAUGAAAGUAUGAUCUCAGCACUUUUAAGCCAAGAAAUUGAUGCUCAAAAUCCCGAACAAAUGGAAAGUUUUUGGCGAUUAUUCAAAGACAAUAAUUAUAUGAUGGGUAAGCUUUACGAAGAGGAUUCUGUUUUUCCCACUGUUUUAGGUUCCUGUGGACCAUAUUAUGCAACUGAACAUUUAGAUUCUAUUAAACCUGAAACAUCGCUCAAAUAUUAUAUAACCAUAGAUUGGGCGGCUCGACUCAAAUUUGCUAUGCAAAUUAUGGAUUUUUUGUAUCGAUUGGAAUCGGUUAAACCGGAGCCUAUAAGAUUAUGUAAAAUAGAACCAGAACUUUUUGGAAUGACCGCUGAUAAAAGAAUAAAAUAUCAGACGGCUCGUUAUGCUUAUUCGGAAACUCAAAUUGACAAAAUACUUUCCGGUGGCGAACAAUGCUCAAGAGAUGAAGACUGUAAACAUGAAGAUUGUUUAGGUAAAUGUAAUUUAGAUACGAAAGUCUGCAACGGAAUUCAACAGAACAAUAAUCUACAAAUUGUAUGUUCAAAGAUUUUCAAAGGAAGUCGUUUUUUUCCGGGAAUAUUUUCCACUUCACGAGCACCAGCAACACUUAAAUCGCUCGUUAAUUUAUGCUCAAAUCCGAGUUUAAGCUCAAAUAAUCACUGGCCACAUAGACAAUUGGCACCAACCCAUGAUAUCAGUAUUCGUAUUUACAAUGAAAUAAGAAAAAUUUAUACUGAGUUGACUUUUGCUCAUUAGACUUUAGAAGUAUCAAAAAAAAAACAAAA